AUUGGUGUCAUAGACUGCACCCAUGUGAAAGUUCUGGCACCAAGAGAAUACGAGGCUGACUUCGUAAAUCGCAAAGGCUACCACUCACUCAAUGUACAGAUGGUGUGCGAUUCUGGCUAUCGUUUUUUGAACGUGGUGGCAAAGUGGCCAGGAAGUGUGCAUGAUGCCAGGAUAUUUAGAAAUUCCUUACUUUGUCAGCAUGUAGAAAAUGAUGUAUUCAUUGAUGGAUAUAUCUUGGGUGACAGUGGGUACCCCAGUAGACGUUAUCUGAUGACCCCUUACUUACAAACAAGGAACAGGGCACAGGAAAGAUACAACCGAUCACUACUGAGGACCAGGGUUAUUGUGGAGCAGGCAUUUGGCGUUUUGAAACGUCGCUUUGCUUGCUUGGCGUAUGGCCUGCGAUGCCACCCUGGAAGAUGCUGUAGCAUUAUCAUUGCUACUGUAUUCUUACACAAUUAUGGACUUGACUGUGGUGACAUCUUGGAACCCAAUCAGGAUAUGGAUGUGAAUCAACCCCCCAACAUUGCUAAUCAAGAAAACAACAAUGGAAUUUAA